CCCAACGUAAGGUCACGUUGAAAAACGUAAUGGCGUCAUCACGCUAGAAGCUGGCGCUUCUGGGAAAGAGGGCAAUGAGUCGGUGGUUUUUUAGAGGCCUGACCGCUAUGCUGUAAACCGCUUUUGUAGCUUAUUUCCUCAAAAUUUUUCUGAUGCCGCUAUAUUGACAGUGUGUACCUUUCUUUCAGAAUCUAUAGAGAAGAGCAGCGGCGUCCGAUGGGAUCUUGGAAGCUUGCCGGGAGUGUGGAGAUUGGUAGGCCGCCUUUUUCCAGCGACCCCUCUUACGCAGAAUGGGUGGGAUGCCGUUGCCUAGGAAACGUAAAUAUGGACGCUUAGCUGGGGAAGCUGAGAAGUGCUUACGUGGUGAGGGCAGCACUUUCUGGUUCCCUGUCAGGGCAUCAUUCCGGCCACAGACAAUUGCACCUUAAUACGGACAUAGGAAAUCUUUCAGGAGGAGGACAUUGAGAACUUGUUCUCAUUGAGGUGGCUUCCAGUGGUUUGAUUGCAACCGGAUGAGUCAGUGGUUUGGGUUCUGGAACAGGAACUGAAUCAGUCUACCUUCAAGAAUGGCUUCUCCAGAUGGGCAAUGUAAAGCCACUGAAGUUUUAUGAAUGGAGAAUGAUCUACAUUUCUACAUUAGGAAAAUUAUUUUGGCAAUAAAGAAUGGAUUGGAAGAGGUGGAAGCUGGUGACAUGAAACUAGUCAAAUGGCUAGUGUAAUAGAGAUUCGACCCCUCUUCAAGAUGGCUGAAGUUGAUGGAAGCCUGAGCCUCAAAAACUAAGGCUUGGGUCAGCCACACGUGGCCUGCGCUGCCGGACAUCACGGAGGACACCCCAUCCCCAAUAUCUGCCAGGAUCAGGCCCUGCAUCUUUAGAAUUGAGUUAGAACUGAACUGGCUUUGAGUAGGAGGUGAGGUCGAUGCCACCUUGUGGCCGAAAUUAUGAAGAGCUGGGCAACUUGAUGCGCAUAGUAGAGUGUUUACCGACCGCAAAAUCAAGGGGAAUUAUCAGACGGAUAAUAGUAAAUAAGAUAUCAUUGAUUGCAAUCGCACCCCGGCUGUCAAGCCUCAAACGCCUUUGCUCUCUAAGGCAACCUCUCGGUCAAGGUCAGUAAGGCUCUCACAGGCACUGUGACCGCCACUCCCUAGCCGAGAAAAACAAACGGACCCUGAAAAGUCAGGGCAGUGGAUCCGGGACAAGACACCUCUUUUUCCCUUAGACCAAGAAGGCCGAAUCGACCCAAGGGUACAUUCUUAGCUGCAAAGACAGAUAGGGCACCAACUCGAUUUUGCCCCAUAGCACAGGUGCUUUUUUCCGAAGGGGUUUGGGGGGGGGGGGGACUGUGAACAGGAGGGGUCAAUCCCUGGGCAGGAAGGGUUAACACUCUCCUCCCGGGGUUUCCAGCCACCAAGUACUGAGUAGAACCUAGCCGAUUGUCCUUGGAAGACACUUGAAUCGGAAAGACCCCUCUAGUGCAGCCUAAGAACUCUGACUUAUCACUGAGGCAACCACGGCAGGCUUUUGACAAGUCUUGAUUUCAGUAGGAAAAGUCAUCUCUUUAUGUCUGCCUUGCCGAAAAUCAAGCCCUAAUGCCCGAUGACUAAAACAAACUGCUAGGAAACGGAAUUGUCAGAAAGGGCUGGCUGAUAAAGACAUUGCAGCCCAGAGAGGCUUUCCAGACCCUGAGCUUGAAGGGCUGGCUCUGUUAUAAAAAAUCCUCUCAAUUUUAGUGGUUCUCUAACAUCAAAUUUCCACUUCUGUCUUCAAACAAGAGGGGGGAAAAGAGCUUUCUAAGAGAUAGGGGACUCUUAUAGCUUGGCACUGCUCAGAAAGACAUCCUAUGUCUUCUUCUUAAGUCCAGUCAAUCAUCAAACAGCUCUCGAAGUUUCACAGCUUGUAUAUAUAUUUUCAAAGACUAAGUCAGUAUAGUACCAACUCAGACAGGUCCCUAUCAAGGUAGCAAAAGGCUUGUGGUCCCAGCCACGGACUCUGGAUCUCUCUUAGGAGUACCAGCCUAACUAACAGAGUUCAUAAAGGCUCUUCAACAGAAGGUUCAUGACCCUUGGGUGAUGACCUUUCUUAUCCAAAGCAUCUCAUGAUAUGUAUUAAUAACGCAUGGAGGAACUUCGAUUUGUGCUCACGUGGAAAAAGCUCCCAUCUUUGAUGUACUGAAGAUUUUCAGUCCCCACAGAUGAUCUGGGGAAUGGUAACCAAUUAACCAAGCAACAAGAGACUCCUUAUGCUUCGACGACUCUUCGCUGUCUCCGCUCCUGGAGAGCGCGGGAGCGAAGGCGCAUUGGACACACUGGAUCCAGUACCCGGGCAGCUGGAAGACCUCGCGAGCGGCUGGGGGCGCUUGGAGGUGCAGUCUCCUGGCUACACUAUGGAUUUAGAACCCGAGGACUAUGAUAACCGAACUCUCGCGAAUGAGAACGGCACCGAGAUGGCCAUGGCAUACUACGAUCCUGAAUGGGUUGAAACCAGUGGGAAUAAGACCCAACUAGAUGAUGUACAGGUUUUUGUGAUUGGGCUGUACUCGACCAUAAGUGUGCUUGGUUUUAUGGGAAACAUGCUUAUCCUUAUGGCCCUCAUGAAAAAAUGUAAACAAAAGACGAUUGUAAAUUUCUUCAUUGGAAACUUGGCCUUCUCUGAUAUCUUGGUUGUGCUAUUUUGUUCACCUUUCACACUGUCUGCUCUCCUGCUUGAUCAGUGGGUGCUCGGUGAACUAAUGUGCCGUCUUAUGCCUUUCCUCCAAUGUACAUCGGUGCUGGUUUCAACUUUAAUCUUAAUCUCAAUUGCUAUUGUCAGGUACCAAAGGAUAAAAUAUCCCCUUUCUAAAAGUUUGACCGUCAGACAGGGCUGUUAUUUGGUGGGCCUUUCCUGGGCUGUUGGCUUUGUGAUUUGUUCCCCUCUUCCCAUCUUCUACAGGCUUGUAGAACCCAAUGGGAAUAAUGGGACAAAUACCACGGCCCCUAAGUAUGUGUGUGUUGAGGCCUGGCCAAAGGAGUCAUACAGAAUUUCCUUUUCUCUGUGUUUGCUGGUGGUUCAGUACAUACUGCCCUUGAUUUGUCUGAUUGUGAGUCAUACUAGUGUUUGCAGGAGCAUUACCUGUAAGAUGUCUACCCGGGACAUGAAGAAGAGGCUUGAGGAGAAGGAGAAGAGGGAGAGGAAGGAGAGGAAGGAGAGAGAGAAGAAGGAGAAGAAGGAGAGGAAGGAGAGAGAGAAGCGAGAGAAGAAGGGGAAGAAGGACAUGGUCGAGAUGGAGAUGAAGGACAUGAGAGAGACGAGCGAGAUGAUGGACCGAGACAUGAGAGACUCGAGCGACCGGGAAGAUGACUACUUGGAUGAAGACCUGGAUGAACUGGCGGCCAUAGAGAGUAACAUGGACAUGAAGGACAUCAUGGAAUGGCGAGAACUGAAGAGGGACCUGAGAGAGAGGAGGGACCGUCGAGAGAGGAUGGGUAGGAGACGGAGGAGGAGGAUGAGGGAAAUGCUGGAAAUGAAGGACAUCGAGAACAUGGAGAACGUUGAAGAAGUGAUGGAUGUUAGUGAUAUUAUAGAAAUGAAAGAUAUGAGUGACCCGAAUGCCAUGGAGGAUUCCGAGAACGUGGUGGAAAUGAGAGAGAUGCGUGUCGUGAGGGUCGUGAGAGAUGUGGACGACAUUGAAGAUCCGAACAACGGGAUAGAGAUGAGAGAGGUGAGAGGCAUGAGGACUGAGGUGAGAGGCAUGAGAGAGACGACGGAUAUGAGGGAUGAGAUGCGGGACCGGAGAGAGAUGAGGGAUGAUGUGAGGGACAGGAGAGAGAUGAGAGGUGCCAAGGAGAAAAGAGGAAGGAGCUGGAAGAGAGGAAGGAGGGGAAGGAGGGGAAGGAAGGAAACCGAGGUUGAAGAGAUUGAGGAGAUUGAGGAGAUGAAGGAGCUCGGUUCGAUGUACGGGAUGUAUGAGAUGGAAGAGAUGGAGCAAAUGCACGAGCUGAGUGAGCUGAGUGAUCCGAAUAAUGGCGAUGACGGUUUGGAUGAUAUGGAAGGCUAUGCCGCCAAGAGCAGCGGACACCACAUCCAACUGCCCAAGUUCCAAAGAUGGAGCUAUACACUAAGCCGAAAACACCGCAAGAUGUACAACAAGAAGUCAUGCGUUGUACCUGUUUUGCGACAUCCUCCUCCUCAAGAGGUUCCAGCCAAAGAGAUUGAAGAAGAAGAAGAACCGGCUGAACCUGAGAGGUGCAAGCUGACCAAUGCCAGUCAGAUCAUACCGGGGGUGCCCAUCUGCUUUGUGCUGAAACCUGAAGAAAAGGAGCUUGAAGAGCCGGAAAUGUUGACCAUAUCCCGCUCCAUCUCCAGGAUCAGAAAGAGAUCUCGACGAGUCGUCUAUCGUUUAACCAUUCUGAUCAUCGUGUUUGCUGUCAGCUGGAUGCCUCUGCAUCUUUUCCAUGUUGUUACUGAUUUUAAUGCUGGCCUUCUGUCUAACAGGCAUUUCCGAUUGGUGUACUGUAUUUGUCAUUUGCUUGGCAUGUUGUCUUGUUGCCUUAAUCCUGUUUUGUAUGGGUUCCUUAACAAUGGCAUAAAAGCAGAUUUGAUGGCUCUUCUGCGCUGCGGUUAGAAUCUGCUGCCUUUCGAAUCUGCGAUUCCAAAGGUUGAAUGAGUAAGGAACAAAAGCUACAGUUUUCUAAAAUAUACAUACAUAUAUAUAUAUAUAUUUAUGGCUGCUUUACAACAAAUAUAUUUUAUUGCAUGCAGAUUUAUUUAUGCAGGAGAAAAGACGCUCUGGAUAUGAAUUCAUUGGUGCCUAAUGAGUAAAAGACCAUUUCUUGACCCGCUAUAUAAUAUGACCAUUUCAUGUAGAUAUUGUGUGACAGAAUCAUGAAUGUCAAUCAAACUGCAAUUUCAUUGUAAAAUGUUGUCUUAUUGUGUAUUAUUUCAUCUGUACCUCACAAGCAGCUGAAUAUUGUCAUCAUUCCAGGAAUUGAAGAAGAAAGGAAACCUGCAAAAUAUUUAAUGGACAAAAAAAAAUGAAUUAAUUAUUAUUGUGAUGUUUAAAUAAGACUUUUUGUUUGUGUGUUUCUUGAUGUAACAACUAAAGAUUGUGUAUGUGUUUUGUGUCUACUCUGUGAAAAUACAGAAACUAUUCAACUCUUGCCAGUUGAAUCAUAGCUAAAUGAGAAGUCCAUACUUUAAGGAAUGGUACAUUGUAUUGACAGGAGAUGCUGUGGAAAUGCCUAAAAAGGAAAAAUGUUCCUUGUCCCCAAAGAGUUAUGCUUUAAGAUAUGGUAUAUUGUAUUGUCAGUUAGGGGACAGACCCAAAAGGAAAAAUGUUUUCUCCCCUGCUUAUGUUUGUGUCAGAUGGUUAGUUUGACCUUAUGUUCUAAAACAAAAUGAUGUUGUAAUCUAAAGAUGGACUAAAACUCUUUGGCUAAAACUGUAUAGAAAUAUAAUAUUAAAUGUUACUGCAAUGCA